AUGAGUACUGCUAAUUGGCAAGACAGAAUUUUGGCACGAAUUGCCAAGACACGGUUUUUAUCUUUUAAUGAAGCAUGUGAAUUGUGCACCCGUACGUGCUUGUUGAUACAUGGAGAAAGGGAUCCCUCACCAAUUGUUAGCUCUUUCUUCAAAGUCAUGAUCGAUGACAGUUUUCUCCAAGUUCUGUACAUUCCCCCCAGAUUUGCUCGAUUGAUAUCUCACUUGAUGGAUCAAGAAAUUGAGCUGGAGGACUCUACUGGACAACGAUGGAAGGUGGGAAUUAGUAAUCAUAAUGGUUCGCUUGCAAUUCGACAAGGAUGGCAGACCUUUUCGUCUGAGCAUGGUCUAAAAUUGGGAGACUUCUUAGUCUUCCAUUAUAUUCAGGGUCAGCACUUUGUUGUUCAAAUAUAUGGAACGAGUGGUUGUCAGAAGAUCAACUUUUACAAUGGCACUUGCAUGAGGAAGGAAAGACCGAGAACUAAUGCUACAACAACUUCUCAUGAUGAGCUGUCCCCGGCAACUGACAUAAAUUUAAGGGAAAAAAAGAAUUCAACACCCUUAGUUACUGUUGUACCAGUGUCUGAUAGAGUUGGACAACUACCAGUGACCACAACUUUUGCAUCAAACAUUGAUGCUGACACUCUGAAAUCAACUGAAAAUGGUGUCAAGGGUAAGAAAACAAGAGUAGAUAAGCGAGAACUGAAGCAGAUGGCAGCAAAAACGCGUUGUCCUUCUAAAAAGUUAAAUGGAAAAGAGCCAAAAAUAAUAGAGAAAGAUGGUCAAGGUUGCCCUGAGGCUGAAAUUGGUAAUAACAAAGCUAUAGAAAGCGAGCCUGCUGAUUUAGGAGACACAUCAUUUCUUGAUGCUGGCAACUUCUCAUGUUUGCUGCGAGUGGAUGGUCGAUCUUUUCUGGAAUUACCACAAAGCUGGCCAGAAGUUUUACCAAGCAGCAAAAAGAUGAGAAAGAUUACUAUUUAUCUCAAAGGACCAGAUAAUAGAACCAGGCCUGUCAUCUAUCAUGAAGAUUUCGGUUCAAAGGUUUUGAUAGGAAACUGGGCAUCAUUUAUUGAAGUGUAUGGCCUUAAACCUGGAGAUGAAUGUCUAUUCCAACUUUCAAAUCUAUCAGAGCGCAUGUUUACUGUGAAGGCAACCCACAAGGUAGAUGGCACACAAACGACUUUGAGCUGA